CUCGCCCCGCUUGCAUCAUGUGACCCAGGCCUGUGGUGGGGGAAGAACGCGACGAGCUGCGGGAACCUGGGCCGGGUUACCUGGUGGGCAGAAUGGAGGCGACCUUGGAACAGCACUUGGAAGACACAAUGAAGAAUCCAUCCAUUGUUGGGGUCCUGUGCACAGAUUCACAAGGACUUAAUCUGGGCUGCCGUGGGACCCUAUCAGAUGAGCAUGCUGGGGUGAUAUCUGUUCUAGCCCAGCAAGCAGCUAAGCUAACCUCUGACCCCACUGAUAUUCCGGUGGUAUGUCUAGAAUCAGAUAAUGGGAACAUUAUGAUCCAGAAACAUGAUGGCAUCACAGUGGCAGUACACAAAAUGGCCUCUUGACAUCUCAUAUCAGUUUUCCAGCAGCCUGUCAUAAGGACUCAAUUCUACCUGUGUUAAUUAACUUAUAGAACUAUUAAAGUUAGGCCAUUCAUUUAA